AUGUCGCCACAUCCACGCGCCCGAAUGGCAAAGAAGGCAAAAUCUCAUCUUUCAAGCAACCGCACCCCUAUCGGCGGACUUGGACAAGGAAAGUCCACGGCCGCAAUCCGCCGCAAGCGCCGCAAUCAGCGCCGCCGCUACCGCGAGAAGCGGCAUCUUCGGCGAGAGGCCGCGGAAGCUUCGCCCAAAGUUCAGGAAUCGGUCGAAGAUACCAUGAUUGAUGCCAUGGAAGGUAUGGAUAUUGAGGAACCUAGGUCUGCAGCCACUCCUGAGCACGUCGGCAGCGAUUGGCUGGAUCAAAUGGCAGGGACUCUUUCUGACGUAGAAUCUGAGACGGACUUAGAAGAGGACUGGGAUGCGCUUGAAGCGAAGGCGAGAGGUGCAACUGACGCGAAGGAAGCAGGCCCUAGCCAGGCGCGCUCUGAGCGUCCCGGCAUGUUUGGUCGUUUGAUGGCGGAGGCCGCGAAAGCUCGACAGCUGCGAUCUGCUAAAGAUUCUGAGACCGAGUCGGACUUUGAAGCUCGGAUAUCGUUGGACGUUCAUGAAAUCAUGGCGACUUCUCUCUAUGAGGCGAGGAAAUUGGGCACGGGUCCGACGAGGGGCUCGAAGGGUGAACUUGCUGCAGAUGGAGAUGCUGACAUGGCGGAUGAAUCUAAGCAAGAGGAAGAAGGUAAUGAUUCAGACGACAGAACGGCUCCAGAUGCCGAGAUUGACAUGGAUGCCGGGCAGAAUAUUGGCACUGACUCGAUGGUGCCGCUCUACGACGAUUCCGAGAUGGAUGCAGAGGAAAACUCAGAUGCUAAAGAAGACGAAGCAGCUUCUAAGGAGUCUCCCGAGCAGAAAGGUUCCAUCAAAGACCCAAAGAAGCCUACCGAGCUUCUGGACCUCCCCACCGAGCUCUUAGGAAAGGUUACGGAGUACGCAGUUGGGGCUGGCGGCAUAAUCUCUCUCUUGCGCAACGAGGUGGAGCAUUCAACGGGAGAAGGUACAUGCAUGAGCGCAAAGCACGGCCGAGGCGACUCGAAUAUCAGCAACUAUAUGGCCCUCCGCCUUGUCAAUAAGCGCCUCAAGGAGGUCGCGGAUAAGAGCAUGUUCGUACACGCCCUGCUAGAAUUCGAAGAUCUGGACAUGUUCAACACCGUAUUCGACAACAUGAGCGAGGAGAUCCGCAACGAAAUCCACGCCGUCGUUUUCUAUCGCGUCGAAGGGGAUUCACAGGCACUGAGAGAGAACGUUAAGAGCUUGCCGAAUCUACGAAAGAUCUGCUUCGCACCUCCCCAGGUGGACGCUAGCCUCUUCAAUCCAAGCGACUUCUUCGAACAGGAAUGCCGAGUUUACAUGCAGACGGUAUUAAUCUCAAUGAUGCACCCGAUUAUCGAUCUUCGCCGCAAGCACGGAAAGCGCAACGUCGAGCUCCGUUUCUUGGCAAAUUGGAGGAACGAAUGGGAAGACUAUGAGGAGGUUGGUCGCCGUUCCAAGUUGCUUGGGCAAUCUGAGGUUGAGCCGCUUUCUUCCCAUGAUAUUCAGCAGAUGUCGUGGGUGCUGAAAGAAGACUUCAAGCAGUUAAUCGUUAUGACAGAGCGGCGCGAUUUAGAGUUCGAUAUUGAGAUUAACGAGAGUGUUAUUCGCGAUUGGGUUGAUGAGAACACCGAGACUAGGGAGUACUUGGCUCAGCAUGAAUAGCGGCAGAGGGCAUUGAGGCAGUUCGUAUCGCUCGGAAUGGGCUCUCGGCUGGUGCGUUGAUAAACGGCGUUAUGGGUUAUACAUUGCGUUUGGGUUUUCGAUGGGCUGCCAGAGGGCCAUAGACGCCGUCAACAGGUG